GUGUAAACAAAAAGUAAAAGAAAAAAAAAAGGAAAAAAGAUGGAUUCCUUUCAGAACUUCACGAGACCACCAGAGGAUACCAGGAGUCUACCGGACAAGAACUGCUGGCCAUGGCACAUCUUCGUGCCCACCGCCAUUGCGGUCUACCUGUCGCUAGUCCAGGUGCUACGGUUUCGCGCGAUCCGGGCCGUGGAGCGCAAGUACGCCGCGUACGUCGACGACCCGUACAAGCUGGACUACAGGCAGGCGGCGGAGAUCAUGCGGCUGUAUCAGCUCUACGACACGCCGUUCCUCUUCUACUUCGGCACGCAGUGGGCCCUCGUCAAGAGCUACGGCAUGUCCUCCGGCACGCCCCUCCUCGUCCGCACGCGACAGCUCUGCGACCCCGCCCGCGUCGGCCGCCGCGCCGAGGACACCGCCCUCCUGCUGAUCGAGCUGCUCGUCGGCGACAUCGACUCGGAAAGGGGCCGGCGCGCCAUGGCCCGCUUAAACUGGAUCCACGGACUGUACGCGAAGCACAUCGUAGACUCGGAUUACGUGCACACGUUGGGCCUCUUUGUCCUCGAGCCCGCGCGCUGGAUCGACAGGUACGACUGGCGGCCGUUGACGCGGCUCGAGAAGGUGGCGUAUUUCGUAUACUGGCGCGAACUAGCGCGGCGCAUGGGUUUCGGGGACCUUGUUCCGGAGACGCUGGAGGAUCUCGUGGAGUGGCAAGAGCAGUACGAGGCCGAGCACAUGCAUUAUAUCCCGGAGAACCACAUGGUAGCGGCGGCGACGGUGGACCUAUUUAUGCGAACGAUUCCGAGCUUCUUACGUGGCUUCGUGGGGGCUCUUUUCCUGUCAUUUAUCGACGAGAAACCUGUCCGGGAUGCGCUUGGGUUCCCGGAUCCAUCCUGGUGGGCGACCGCGCUAACGACGGGUUUCUUCCGGCUACGUGGGUUUGCAUUGCGCCACUUCUUCCUCCCUCGCAUGGCACCAAUCGAUCCCGUAGCGCGACCUGGAGAAGACGGCCGGUUUUACCGAAAACCGCGAUGGGUUGGGUUCGAGCCGUGGUACGUUCCCGACACAUGGUACAACCGGGUGGUGUUAUGGCUGACGUCGGGUGGCAAGAUCUCGCCCGGUGGCAAAUAUCAGGGUAAGGGAUAUGUGCCGGAAGAGCUGGGGCCGGUUGAACUGGAGAGGAUGGGAAGAAAAGAAGUGUUGCGUGAGGCGGAGGCGAUGAAAAAGUUUAUGAUAAAGAAUGAGACAAUAGGAGUUGGGUGCCCGUUUGCUUUUGCACGAUAAUUGAAAUAGUUUAUGUAGUAUUUAGCCAUAC